GCCGAUGCACAUGCAUACGUGCUGGCUGCUGCAGACGAGCCCCAUUUCAUCCACGUUGGUGUCUUAACGGGGUUGCGGAUGGGGCUUGCUGCAGCUUAUAUGGGUCUCUCCCCUUUUGACCCCCUGGAAUAGAACCCUGUGACCCUGGGAACAGGAUAGGAUUUGCAGAACACUGCAGGGCUGGAACAAGGAUGCGCGACUUCUGCAUCAGCCGAAAGGGUAGCAGCCUUUUCCCUGCAACCAGGGACAGUUAGGAAGAAGAUCAGAGGGACCAAAGAGGCCUCCUAACGACCCAUCGAUAAGUGGGGGUUCAACUGCAGAUAGCCAGUUUCCAAGAUUCUUUUGUUACCAAAUAAAAUGGAUGCAAAGCAGCCUUGCAGUGAAAACUUGAAAGAAGAAGUAAGAAAACGUCAGAAUUCAAGUCAAGGUUCUCGAGGCAGCAGUUCUUCCCAGACAUCUAGAAAAAGCUUCAGAUUGGAUUAUCGGCUGGAGGAAGAUGUAACAAAAUCAAAGAAAGGUAAAGAUGGGAGGUUUAUCAACCCCUGGUCAACAUGGAAAUCACCAUCCUUCCUAGGUACUUUAAAGUGGGCUCUUACAGAAAAAGACCACAGCAAUGUCCCAUCUUCAAAACAGGACCUUGACAGAGUGCUUCCAGUGUUAACACCUUAUUUUGUCCAAAACCCUGAACUAGUUGGAAGAACUGGAACUGGUAUGAGAAUAACUUGGCUUGGACAUGCAUCACUGAUGGUGGAAAUGGAUGAACUUAUAUUUAUUACUGAUCCCAUCUUCAGCCAACGGGCUUCCCCAGUACAGUUUUUAGGUCCUAAACGUUUCCGAGGUCCUCCAUGUAAAAUUGAUGAACUGCCCAAAAUAGAUGCAGUGUUGAUCAGCCAUGCCCAUUACGAUCAUUUGGACUAUCACACUGUAAUAAGUUUAAAUGCACGUUUUGGCAGUGAAUUGAGGUGGUUUGUGCCCCUGGGUCUUUUAGAGUGGAUGCAGAAAUAUGGUUGUGAGAAUGUAAUUGAACUGGACUGGUGGGGAGAAAACUGUGUUCCUGGUCAUGAUGCAGUUACGUUUGUUUUUACUCCUACUCAACACUGGUCCCAAAGGACUGCAACAGAUGACAACAAAGUUCUGUGGGGAAGCUGGUCUGUUCUGGGACCCUGGAACCGUUUUUUUUUUGCUGGAGAUACUGGUUAUUGUAUUGCCUUUGAGGAAAUAGGAAAGCGAUUUGGACCUUUCGAUCUUGCAGCUAUUCCCAUUGGAGCAUAUGAACCAAGGUGGUUCAUGAAAUGCCAGCAUGUGGAUCCUGAAGAAGCAGUAAGGAUUCACAUUGAUGUACAAGCAAAGAAGUCCAUUGGAAUUCACUGGGGAACCUUUACUUUAGCAAAUGAGUACUACUUAGAUCCACCCGCAAAACUGAAGGAAGCUCUUGAGAGAUAUGGAUUGCAAACGGAAGAUUUCUUUGUUUUGAACCAUGGAGAAUCACGAGAUUUGAAUAUUAAUGAUGAUGGAUUUGAAUAGAAACAGAAAAACCAACUUCUUAUUAACCACAUCUGAGGAAGAAAAAAAUAAGAGUGAAUAUUUUUUGUAAAAAAAAAUUAAACAAGAUUUUGAAGAUUUCAGGUGUGUUUAAUUCUAACAAUCUGUUAAAACCUUGCAUACCAACUUUAUAAUGUGAUUUUUCAUGAAUGAAAUAACAGUGGAGAGCAUUAACUGAGCUACAAAUACCUUUAAGUAAACAGGGGCACUCCUCCGUGAAAUAAAUGUUCCACUUUGUACAAUUGUUAAUUUGGUCUGUAGCAGUACCAGCAUAAGAUAUCUGCUGAGAAUUAAUUCCCAUCCAGAAAACCUAACAGCAUGUGAUGUGUUGAGUGCUUGAUGGAGGCCUCUCCACCACUUAAGUGUCCCAGGAUUCGAGUUUAAAAGUGACUUUCUGGGCCAGUACUGCAGGAGUUUCCUUGGAAAAGAAGAUAAAAGUAUGCAUUGUGUAUAUACAAUCGUUUCUGCAUGCAUUUCCUUCUCAGACCCUUUGGAGCAAUUGAGCAAAAUGUUCCUUGAAAAUAGCCUGGUCCAGCCACUAAUAUGCAGAUUAACUGACUGUAUGCAGAUCAGUGCUUAUGGGACCUCCUGAUGUCUUAUGCAGGUAGUUGUGGUGGUGAUAGGAACUGAAGAAUCCUUUAAUUCUCUCCUACCAGGUCAAGGGCUGAAAGAAGGAUAUUUGUGAACAUACUGGCACAAAAAUAUAAGGCUACCCAAAAUGAUACUUUUGUAUUCAUAACUGGGUGCUAGUCUUACACAUGAACUGAAAACAUUUCCUGGCAUGCUAAGUCUCACUGAAAUCUGAAUUUUUGGCUAGCUGUGGUGAUGAUCAGAGCCUUCAAUCAGGAGCCAUCGUUUUGUAAAGCACUCCAGUCCAAUUCUAUGCUUGUUUAUUCAGACACGAAGCCUGCAUUAAAAGACAGGCUCAAGGGCAUUUAGGAUUGUUGAUUUAGCCAUGAUCAUUUGAACACAAGUUCCUACAGCUUGGCUGGUUUUAAAACACUAGUACUACCACCACAACAUUUUUAAAGUUUUACAACCAAUAUAAUAGUCGUGCUGGAAUCAAUGUUUUGAACCCUGCAGCCUUAAUGGGCCAAGGACUAUUCACACACUGUCUCCCUUGAGCAAAUUAUUCACCCAGAGGGUGUGCCUGGUGCCUUCAGAGCUGUGAAUUAUAGGAUUUGAAAUGAGUCUUCCAACACAGUUGCUGGUAAAGCACAUUUUAAAGAAAACACAGAUUUUACUGAAUGCUUAUACAUGUUUAUUUGCAAACAUUGAAGCCACGUUUUGAAAU